AUGAGAGCAUACGGCACCGUUCCCAGAUCCGGCCGCGCCAAAGGCGCCGCCUCCUCGCCGCCCCCGUUCCCCGCCAAGCAGAUGUUUGUUCUCGCUUGCUGCCGGAUUUGCGAGCCCAUUGCCUUCAUGUCCAUCUUCCCUUACAUCUAUUACAUGAUUGAGGACUUCCACAUUACCGACGACUCCAGUAAGAUUUCCGUCUAUGCAGGCAUGGUCACUUCUGCCUUUGCCUUGGCCGAGUUUUCUACCGGCGUUCUUUGGGGACGACUCAGUGAUAGGAUCGGCCGCAAACCGGUCCUCCUCACCGGCUUGGCUGGCACUGCCCUCAGCGUUCUUGCCUUUGGCCUUGCUCCCAACCUUCCUGUUGCCCUUGUUGCACGAGCCCUUGGUGGUCUCCUGAAUGGAAACGUGGGCGUUCUGCCGACAACUGUGGCUGAACUCGUGACUGUCAAGGAACAGCAACCUCGGGCCUAUACCAUCAUGCCUAUGGUUUGGUGCAUCGGCUCCAUUAUCGGUCCCAUGAUCGGAGGUGCCCUGGCGAGGCCGUGUAUCAGCUACCCCGGUAUUUUUGCCCGCGGCACCAUCUGGGACAAGUACCCGUAUCUGCUGCCCAACCUGUUCAGUGCCGCCGUCGUCUUGGUCGGCGUGGUGGUUGGGAUCCUCUUUCUCGACGAGACGCAUGCCGUUCAGCGCUACCGCCGGGACCGCGGAAGGGAGAUGGGAGACUACAUCGCAUCCAAGAUGCCGAGCCUCGGAGGCUGCUCGUGCCGCAGCCGCACGCCUGAGAAGCAGAAUCUGAUGGAGGGCGCCGUCAGCCCCCACCACGGCGAGGAAGAGGAUGAGCUCCUGCCGGAGUAUAGCAGCCGCAGCAGCUCUCCCAGGCUCGCGCCGGUGACGGACGUGGAGAAUGUCGAGGCAGGGUCGCCGAGGAACGGGCCGGGAUCUCCGGGGUUCAAGACCUUCACUAAGCCCGUCAUCAUGAAUAUUAUUUCCUACGGCAUCCUGGCAUUCCACACCAUGACGUUUGACCAGCUGCUACCCGUCUUCCUCAGCACAGCGCCGCCGAAGCACGCGACGACGCAGCUGCCCUUCAAGUUUGUCGACGGAUUCGGCCUCGAGACCAAGACGAUCGGCAUCAUCAUGUCUGUACAGGGCAUGUACUCGCUACUAUCCAACUUCGCCAUCGUCCCCCCCGUCACGCGAAAGCUGGGCUCGCUGCGGCUGUUCCGGAUGCUGGCGCUGUCGUACUUUGUCCUGUAUUUUGUGACGCCCUACCUGGUUCUCCUACCCGAGAGUAUGCGCAUGCCGGCCAUCUACCUCCUGGUGGUGUGGAAGUGCACCUUUUCGACCAUGGCGUACCCCAGCAACGCCAUCCUACUUGCCAACGCGGCCCCCUCAAAGCAGGUGCUGGGCACCAUCAACGGCAUCGCCGCCUCGACGGCCAGCCUGUGCCGCACCCUCGGCCCCGUGGUGUCUGGACUGCUGUACUCGGCAGGUCUGCGGACGGGUUACUCGGGUCUGGCGUGGUGGUUCAGCGGCAUCGUCACGCUCGUGGGUGCCUACCUGAGCCUCCAGAUCACUGAGGGGGAACCGCAGGACGACGAGGUGGUCCCGGCAAAUGCCGUCGAAGACGAGCAACUCUUGAACGAUUACGACAAUGACGACACUGUUUAG